AUGGUCGAUCCGCCACUGGACACGGCCCACCCUGAGUGGAAAGAGUCCGCGGCCCAUUCUUCCGCCUAUGCCUCCGACACAGUCCCGUUGCGCCAGUUCCUCCUCCGCCGCACAGCAUCAGGGGACGGCGGAAGCAUCGCCGUCGCCCCGUGGCGCAUUUGGGGCUGCAAUAUGGGGGAUCGGCCCGGAGAGGGGGCGGAAGUACGGGCGGGGCUGGGUUUGGAUAGCGUGGUGGUACGGACCUCGGCGGAAGCGACGGGGAACCUGGUCGGUGUAAGCGAAGAGGUGGAGGGAGAGGGAGCAGAGCAGGUUGGGUUGGGGGAUGGGGUAGCGGCGGGGGGGAAAAGGAGAGAUAGUGAUGCUGCUGCUAGCGAGGAUGAGGAGAAGGGGGGAGGGGAGACGGAAAAGGUAUUGUUUGUGAAAGGACGUGUGAGCCACACGAGCAUGGAGGGCGGAAGCGCGGAUGUGAAUGAAGGGGUGUCGGCUGAAAAACAGGUGAUUGAUGAAGGGAACGAGUCAAACUCAUUAGAAGAGACUCCAGCGACCACAUCAGCAGAAGGAGCAGCAGCUGAAGAAACAGAAGCAGUGAAGAAAACAGAAGCAGAUAAUGAAGCAGCAGCAACGCCAGAAGCAGCCGCAGCAGAGGAAACCACAAAUGCAGAAGCAGUUGAGACAGCAGAAGAAAGGUCGGAGCUGCUCGCAAAAACUAACGCCACACCACAGCUCCCCCCAACUCAACCAGAGCUGGCGCAACCCUCUUCCCAAUCCCAAGGUGGCGUUGACAUCUUCUUUCAGGGCGAGUUCGGGUACGAGCUAAUCGCCGUCCUCCCAUUCGCCUUCUGGCACCAUCUCAACGGCUCCCUCCGCUCCACCACCUCCUGCGGGCGGCAUUCUUUGGCCUCGAUCUACUGCUUCAGCCCCAACCACACAGAUGACGCCACGUGUUAUCGAAGUAACAUGAAGGACAAUGUCGCUGCAUACGGGUUUCCUCAUGGCAUUCAUUAUAGUCGCAUCCCGCCAGCCUGGCAGCCGCCCCCUCUUGCACACUACUUCAGGAAGCUUCCGCCUGUGUGGCCGGAGAUUCCCAAGGGAUCCCGGUUGGUGGUGAUCGGGAAUAAAUACGAGCGGGAGUGGGGCCAUUCUCCGGUAAAUUUCAUCAAUAUACCGACUCUAUUGGGAAUCGUUGAGUCAUACUUAGAGGCGGGAUUUUAUGUGGUGUACAACAACCCAGGGAUGUCACUGGAGUCAGACCACUGGCAGGUUGUUAAGGACGGCACAGAUUUGGGGGACUAUGAUGCGUUACAGGAGCGGUAUGGGAAGAAUCCACGGCUGCAAGUCAUGCAAAACCUUCAAAAGCGGUGGCCAGACUUGGGGUUCAAUGACGUGCAGUUCAGGAUGCUAGCGCGGAGUGUGUGUUUCGUGAGUGUGCAGGGAGGGGGCAGCAUUGUGGAGAGCUUCUUUGGUGGAAAGAAUAUCAUUUACUUUCGUGAGGGUCAGGAGGUGAAAGGCGGGGCGUAUGAGAGGAUUUACCCGCACCUGUCGGGAGCGAAGGUGAAGGUGGUAACCAGUUAUGAGGGGCUGGUGAAGAAGGUGGAUGGGAUGAUCAAGAAGAACAAGUGCCAUGUGAAACUUCACUAA